AGAAAAUGAGUGAACAAAUCAAGUUUAUUGUUCAAGAAUUGAACAAAGAGCCAUUUAAUAAAAAGUUUAAUUUAAUUAGUUUUGAUGCAUUACGUAGUGAACAGCUAUUACAGUUAUUAAACUCUGUCUUUGCUGAAAUAGAUUCUAAAAUGAAAAUGGAUAUAAAGACAGAAGAUCCAGAAAAUCUUGCUGUGAGAACAUUGGAUUUCUUAAGAGUCAUGAAAUACAGACCACCUCCAGAUAUGGAUUUAAGUGCUUUUAGACAAGGCAUUGUUUCUGGUGAUAAAGCUGUUGUACAUCACAUUCUUGAAUGGAUACUUCGUCGUUUACCUGAACUUAAAAAACGAGCAUAUUUGGCACGUUACUUAGUAAAAAUUGAAUUAGCUCCUGAUGUAGAAGGUGAUUCAGAUGUUUUAGAUAUGUAUGAACAGUAUGAACAAUUAAUAGAAGAAUUUAAAGAAGUGCAUAAGCAAUAUGAAUCAUUACGUAAUAGUGGAUUUUCAACUCAGGAAAUUCGUAAAGAUAUUGGACAUAUGGAAGAAGAGAGAGAACAAUUGACCAAAAAGAUUGAUAGAUUAAAACGAAAAGUAAAUAUACUUAAAAAUUUACCUCUUAUACAUGCUGAACAAAAAAUUCAGAGGCUUGGACAACGUUUGAAAGAUAUGAAACAUUCAAGUCUUGGUGCAACACCUGAAGGUUUACUGCAAAAAUUAGAAGAAGAAGUUAGAGUUAAUAGUUAUUUAGUUAAAGACAAAUUACCUAAUGGAAUAGCAUCAUCUCAACGUUAUUUGCAAGAUCUUCAAAAAGUUGUCACAGAACCUGCUAUGGGUCAAGCAGAUUUAGAUAAAUUGAAUAGUAAGGAAGUGCAGAAGUUUCAGGAUGAAAUAUCAAGCAAUGAAUCUCGCUAUCAUUAUUUGUGUUGCUGUAUAGAAAUGUCAGAACUGAAAGAUCAAAUGAUUGCAGAUGAAAUCAAAACUUAUGUAUCCAGUGAUCCAAAAGAGAAGAAAAAAUCUAUGAGAGAGCAAUUAAAUAAGAGGAUACAAGAACAAGAAGUUUUGUCUAAACAAUUGAAAGAACAACAAAAAGAUAUCAGGGAAAAUCAAGAAGCAAAUCAAAAACAAAUGAAAAUGUGGAGUGAUUUGCAACGUUUGAUGGAAUGCAAAAAGAAAUGCUGGGAAGAUGCACAGUCCAAGAAAGCUGCUGCCCCUCCAUCAGUUGCAUCUGUUGAAGAGCAAAAAGGUGUUGGAGGAUAUCAUGUUACUCAAGAAGUAUUAGAAAAAGUUUCUUCUACUAAAGCUGAGUUAGACAAACAGAAAAGUCAAACAUUAACUGAAAUGUCUGCUAUGGUAAGACGACUGAAUGGAAAAAUUGCAGAAAAGAAAGCUCGUCUUGCACCAAUAAUUAAAGAAUUGCGGCCUCUUCGUCAGCAAUGCCAAGAUAUGACUUUUGAAUAUGAACAGAAGAAAUCUGCUUAUGAUUCUUGUGCUGCUGGAUUGGAUAGUGGUUUAUCAAAAUUAGAACAGGAAGUGCAGAAGUUUCAGGAUGAAAUAUCAAGCAAUGAAUCUCGCUAUCAUUAUUUGUGUUGCUGUAUAGAAAUGUCAGAACUGAAAGAUCAAAUGAUUGCAGAUGAAAUCAAAACUUAUGUAUCCAGUGAUCCAAAAGAGAAGAAAAAAUCUAUGAGAGAGCAAUUAAAUAAGAGGAUACAAGAACAAGAAGUUUUGUCUAAACAAUUGAAAGAACAACAAAAAGAUAUCAGGGAAAAUCAAGAAGCAAAUCAAAAACAAAUGAAAAUGUGGAGUGAUUUGCAACGUUUGAUGGAAUGCAAAAAGAAAUGCUGGGAAGAUGCACAGUCCAAGAAAGCUGCUGCCCCUCCAUCAGUUGUCAGUGAUAGAUUGGUCCUCUAAGUCAAAACAGCAAAAAAAAAAUAAAACUAUUGCACUUAAAUUCAAAGGAUUAUUCCAUCCAUUUGUAUAGUUUAUUUAUUAUUGUUAUAAAAAUAAUAUUUAUUUGUAUAAACAUGCAAAGAUUUCACCAAUAUUUUAAUAUAAAGCAUUGCUUAUACACCGUAUUAAAAGUUUUAAAAUUCUUAUAUAA